UGCUCUGCACAUAGUAAGCGCUUAACUAAUACCAACAUUAUUAUUCUCUAGCAGAAUGUGUUGUUGAAUAGCAUACAGACAAAACUGUUCCGCACGGCUGUAGGUGCAUGCAUGUGACCUGUGUCCUUGAUAUCUUUGCCGUCUUCAGAAGAGGGACGUAGGAUCCCUUCUCUUCCUCACCCAUUUAUUUUGCCUCUUUUCUGUCAGUCUCGACCAUGAGAAGGCCUAUCGUCUGAGGCAACCAAAAUGGAACCCAAGGGAAAGGCGAAUGCCGACGUCAAAUUGGAAACCCAUCUUGGACGAUUUCCAUUCGGCACUGCCAGAUGAAGCCUUCGGGGAGGCCGGAGGAGUUCAUGAUAUUUCAACACCAAUUCAGUUCUUCCUGUGGAACAUUUGGAGAUCGGCCCUAGACUGUAGGAUCCCAGCCCCACCCACUCCCAAAGGGAAUAGAGGAGGUGCUUAGCUGGCCGAACCCCACAAAUCCUGUUUCCCGAUUGGCUCUUCGGUGACCAAACUUGCCCUCAAAUUAGCUGCCUCUAAUUGGUCGCGGAGAGCGUUACCCGUACAUACUUACACAGGUGGAAGGGAAGAGCCGCUAGAGGACUUGGAACCCAGCUGUUGACCUGAAGAGUUGCUGGAAAUUCUGUAUUUUCCAGCGAUAACCAUGGGGCACCACUGGGUCAUGUCCACCUUCCUUCUGCUGGCGUUUGCCUUGACUCCAACUACAGGCCAGCGGGACUUUGAUUUGGCUGACGCUCUCGACCCUUCUGAUGAUGUUACUAGGAAACCCUAUCCAGUUACCAAGAGGCCAGUGCCCGGAAAUGAUUUUAAUUUAGAAGAUGGAGGUGGCGGAGAAGACCACCCAAGACCCCAGCCUCCCCGGCGCCCGCAGCCCGGACAUCCCAGCAAUGCCGGAGGCUUCGAGGAUUCCGACCUGAACGAUGGGAGGUAUCCCCCCAAGCCCAGACCCAGGCCACCCGGAGGUGGAGGUGGAUAUUCAAAUUACGGAACGGCCCACGGCAAUACAAUAGCUCAGAUCGUAUCUCCAAUAGUUUCUGUGGCUGUGGUCUCACUUAUUGGAGCAGCAACAAGUUAUUUUGCCUACCAGAAGAGGAGAAGUUGUUUCAGAACAAAUGACCCUGUGAACGUCUGAGAGACAGAAACCAGAAGCCUACAAGCCCAGCCCGAGGCUUGAGUGAUAUUUGCCAUUCACUUGGAAAAACAUUAUAGAGCAGGCAUCUGAUGGGGUCAUGCCCACCAGCCUGAAAAUCUUUCCUUCCCUUUACUCUCUCUCUCUCUUCUAGAUGGUAUUUGUUAAGUGCUUACUAUGUGCCAGGCACUGGACUAAGCGCUG